AUGGUUGGGGCAGCUUUCUAUUUCCUGGCGUUUUUGGGCUUAGUCAACUUCCCAAAGGAAGUCGGGUAUCAAUUGGAUGAAGCUACAAAUGAGCGCAUGCGUCAGUAUGCGGAGGAGAUGCAAGAACGCAUGGCGCAGCUCCUGUUGGAAAUUGAGGCGCUAGAGAAGCAGCAGAGCUCGAUGCAUAUGGGAGCCCUGCUCUUAUCUGCGAUGCAGACUUGGCAGUUCUGGGCCUGGCUUGGUGUUAUUCUCCUGAACAUUUUGAUCGUGUGGCUGCUCUUUAGAGAUCUCCUAAGACGUGUAAACAGGAGGGAGGAAGAAAGCUCUAGCAGCGAUGAUGACCAGCAGAAUAAUAACAGAAAUCGUUUUGAAGAAAGGGACGAAGGGAGGAUUUUUGCAGAGAGAAUCCAGUGGCCAGUGCAGCACCUCCAAAUCAACUGUCAAGUGAUGAUGGCCAUGGUGGCAGACCUCCUCUAUAGCACCCGACGUUCCCUGUCGAACACUUACUUUCCAGUGCUGCAUACACCCAUUGGAGUGGGCAGUGCCUUUGAAGGCUGGACUCCUUCGGAGGAGUAUAAUAUUGUCUAUCGCAUUUUCAUACCCAUAACGGCUCCUCGUGGGCACUCCUUCCACCUGGAGCUGGGCAACGAAGAGGAGCUACCAUCAAAGAAUUCUCGUAUUCGCGUGGAGCUGGAGUGCACGUGCGCGAGGGAGCAGAGCUUUGGGAACGUGCUGUGCUUCCUCCACCAACCUGAGGAGGAGCUGAGAAGAAAUCGGGAGCUCAACCUCCUACAGACACUGUGCACUGGCUCCUACCUGGAUGUGCAUAAAACCUCCUUCUGGUUCCAGCAGAUGAUGAAAGCAGCAUGGAAAUUUUUGCCUGAGUCGGCCAGACAUCACGUUGCUGUGCUGCCAUCCAGACGCUCCUGCAAGCUCCGUGUGUUUGAUGUCUUCGAUAAAAUCCGCUUUGUUGAGUUCAUUUUUGGAGUGCAACAAGGCGAUUCAGACAUUUUUCUCAGCAGCGAGAAAACUGAUGCUAUCUUUACCCCGGACACAGUAUGGCCGCAGAGCUGCACAGUGGCAGAGAUGAAAUUCUUCCAGUACAUAAAAGCGCAUGCCCCGCAGGACAGCUACCACCUCAGAUGCAUGCAGCUCUGUGCCCGUAUCGUGGUGGGCAAUGAUUUUACCACCUAUGUCUUGAAGACAGUCGUCAUGCACCUGCUGAACAUCAUCCCUUUGGAAAGAUGGUGCAGGAGGGAGUUUUUGCAGCGGAUGGAUGACAUCAUGCACUACCUGCACUGCUGCAUAGUGGAGAAACGCCUGGACCACUUCUUCUUAGGGAACAAGGAAGUGCCUGACAAGGUCACCUUGCACCCAGAUUUCCUAACAUCCAGCCCACUCAACCUCUUCCAGCACAUGGCAGAGGAUCCAAAUGUCCAUGCCCGGGCACUGCGUGAAUUCCAGGAGCUGCGAGAUCGGCUCAAAAGACUGUUGACGUUUGGGAACUGA